GGCGCGGGAGCCUGCGCGCGGAGCGUCAGCUCUGCGCCUCCGCCAGGACCCGCCGCGCACCUCCAUCAACCCGGCCCGGGGCCCUGAACCCCACCGUGCGUCCGGGAGCCUCCUGGCACGACGGCGCUACUUUCCUCGGGUCGCGAGUGGGACUGGGACCGCGGCGGGACAACUUGGAAAACUUCUCUUGGACGGCCUGCGGGGACUGUGGGAUGGGGAUGUAGGCGGGCAGUGGCUGGCCCGGGUGCUGCAGACCUCCCAGGCCGCGUUCGGCCAGAUCCUGGCGCCACAGAGCCUUCUGCGCUACCAGGGGGACGACCCCUUCGUGUGGUCCAGCCAGGGUGGCCCUCUCGCCUGUGGUGCGUGCGUUUGGCGAGCUGCGCUCUCCCUGGCCACCAUGGACCACCAGGAGCCCUACUCCGUGCAGGCCACGGCCGCCAUCGCGGCGGUCAUCACCUUCCUCAUCCUCUUCACCAUUUUUGGGAACUCACUGGUCAUCCUGGCUGUGUUGACCAGCCGUUCCCUGCGCGCCCCACAAAACCUGUUCCUGGUGUCACUGGCGGCCGCUGACAUCUUGGUGGCCACGCUCAUCAUCCCUUUCUCGCUGGCCAAUGAGCUGUUGGGCUACUGGUACUUCCGGCGCACGUGGUGCGAGGUUUACUUGGCGCUCGACGUACUCUUCUGUACUUCGUCCAUUGUGCACCUGUGCGCCAUCAGCCUGGAUCGCUACUGGGCGGUGAGCCGCGCGCUGGAGUACAACUCCAAACGCACUCCGCGCCGCAUCAAGUGCAUCAUCCUCACCGUGUGGCUCAUCGCAGCCUUCAUCUCGCUGCCGCCCCUCAUCUACAAGGGUGACCAGGGACCCCAGCCCCACGGGCGCCCCCAAUGCAAGCUCAACCAAGAGGCCUGGUACAUUUUGGCCUCCAGCUUCGCGUCUUUCUUUGCACCCUGCCUUAUCAUGAUUCUUGUCUACCUGCGCAUCUACCUGAUUGCAAAACGCAGCAGCAACCGCAGAGGUCCAAGGGCCAAGAGAGGCCUUGAGGAUGGUGAGUCUAAGCAGUCUCGUCCUGCCCCUGGGGGCCCCCCAACCUCAGCCAAGGUGCCAACCCUGGCCUCUCGUCUUCCUUCUACUGGAGAGGCCAAUGGAUGCCCCAAUCCUCCUGGAGAGAAGAACGAAGGGGAGACCCCAGAAGAUUUGGGGGCUAGGGCCUUGCCACCUAGCUGGCCUGCCCUUCCCAAUUCAGGCCAGGACCCGAAGAAGAGCAUUUGUGAGGCAUCUGUGGAGGAAGCUGAGGAGGAAGAAGAGGACGCUGAGGAGGAAGAGGAAGAGGAGGAAGAAGCCUGUGAACCUCAGGCAGUGCCAGUGUCUCCUGCCUCUGUACACAGACCACCCUUGCAGAAACCCCAGGGUUCCCAGGUGCUGGCCACCCUUCGUGGCCAGGUGCUCCUGGGCAGGGGUGUGGGUGCUAUGAGUGGGAGGUGGUGGCGUCGCCGGGCACAGCUGACCCGGGAAAAGAGGUUCACUUUUGUGCUUGCUGUGGUCAUCGGUGUCUUUGUACUUUGCUGGUUCCCCUUCUUCUUCAGCUACAGCCUAGGUGCCAUCUGCCCACAGCACUGCAAGGUGCCCCAUGGACUCUUCCAGUUCUUCUUCUGGAUCGGUUACUGCAACAGCUCUCUGAACCCCGUCAUCUAUACCAUCUUCAACCAGGACUUUCGCCGUGCCUUCAGAAGGAUCCUUUGCCGCCAGUGGACCCAGACAUCCUGGUGAGCCUGCUUGCCCCCUGCCAGUAUAGGAAUGAUGCCAGGGUCACUCACCGUUUCUUGCUCUGCUCUAUGGGGCUGUCUCCCUGGGGCUUUCUGGUCCCCGUCCAGCUCCUACAGACCUCAUCCUAGGAGCCCCUCUGGAAGGUCUGGGACAGAGGGGCUGUUUAAAUGGGUUCACUCAAAGUCUUCCUUUGCUGGCUCUGUUGUGGGGGAAAUAUCUUCACCACCCAAACACAAGCAGAUGGAUAACAGUUUGGCUCUUCCUGGAUGAAGCUGAAAUGAGGCUGGAAUAGAGGACCUCCCUCGCAGUCACCCAUUAGCUGAUAGGUAGGCCUUCCUUUCCUGAGGUACCUGUGUGCCUUGCCAGGUGACUUGCUGGUGACCUUUUCUGUUUCUUUUUUAUCACCCCAAGCCCCCCCCUUCCCCCAGAGAGCAGGAAGCCAGCUUUCUCCUUUUCCCAAGAGGUACUGCUGCUAAGGAGGAAGAAAUGAAACUGUUCACCUGUCUUGGGCACCAGAAUGGGGAUUUAUAUGAUGGUUUUGUCUCUGCGCCCUCCAUUUCCCCCUACCUUCAGAUUGUGGCUCCUUAGAAGAUCAGAACUGUGGAUUGGUUUCUUUACCCAGCACCCUUCUGGGAAGCAAGUGGGCAUGUUGCUGCAUCUAGUGAGGUGGUCUGGGGGGUCUAGCCUCUGCUCCAGUGGAUGAUCCUUAAACCCUGGCAUUCGCCCCUUGUCAAAGCCAGGGCGACAAUUGCUUUGCCGCCUACUUGCUGAAGGGAGAUGAAAGCUCUGCAGAAAGCUUUGAGCUCCAUGGGGGAAUGCACUAGCGAACCAGCAAAUGUCAUUAUCUGGUGAUAUAAAAAUCCCUUUUCUAUGUGUUUACCACCACCCGCCUUCCUGCAGACUUUUGUUCUAUGCCUGGGGUAUGAAUUCCUACCCCAAAUGGGAAGCGAGGAGUAGCACACAGAAUCACUAUUUCAAGUUUCAGGAUUUCUUUAAGAACAUGCUCUUGUGCCUGCAAAGGUUUGAGUUAUUAUGCUAAGUGACAGCUUCUCAACAUGUUUCUUGCAACACCAAGAGGGUUUUCAGUGAUUUGGCCCCUACACCAGUGGGAGAUAAAUCUUUUGUCAUCAAGCAAGGAAAUUGUUUCCCCAAGACAGCUAAAAAUACCCACACCACGGAAGCAGUCUGAGAUAACUUCAGGUGGAGGACUUGGGCAGGGCCUCGGUGGACUCCUGGGAGAGCCACUUGCUACAGUGCUCUGGCUCUGGCAGGUCUCUGCCCUGUAUGGGUCCUUGUAAAAUAUUGCUAACUGCACCCCUGGUGGGUGGCUUGCUGUCUGUCUGUCUAGGACCCUGCAGUGAUGGGGCUGUACACUGAGGAGCCUCUCCCUCCUGCUUCUCCCUGCACCCCAGAUCUUGGUAUUUGGAACAACUGGGAGCGUGAGGGAUGUUUCUCAGCCUUCUCCAUGGGCUGUUCUGGCUUCAGCGCUGAGCAGCAGACCUCUUAGUAUUGGGGAAGGGUGGGCUGAGCACCUGGAUGUUGGCAGUGUAUGCACCUGCUAGAUCUGGCAGGGUGCUAAGGGAGUUUUCUGGAGUGGAGAGAAUGAUGUCCGAAGAGUCCUUCCAGAGGAAGAAGGCUGCCCAACUUGGUCCUCAGUGGGUGGUGGCUGUCAAGCAAGGACACUGGCCUGGGGUAUGGUUGGGGGGUUGGGUUCAGGGGAAGGGACUGCUUUGUGAUCAUCUGCCGACAAUCAUGUGUGUACCCUCAGGGGGAUGUGGCCUGUGGCCCCCUUGGAGUGACAUGCAAGGUUAUUUUUUUUCCAGAAGUUGACCUAUUUUAUCAAUAAAGCAUA